CCGGCGACAAGUGGUGGCGCUGAGUUCCAGCUGCAUCGUCAACACCCUCUACCACCGCUGGCCAGGAGAUCCCAACCGAGAUUGCCGCCAUCACGGCUGGGCUCUCCUGGCUAGGCGGUGUCUGGUCUCGAAACGGGAGGGAUGGAUGCACGAAUCACAAAUCCAUCUCCACUACCCCUUCGCCUUGCCGUGGUCGAUUGCACGUUCAAUCGCGCGAGUCCCUGCCGCCAUUGGUUGGAGUUUUGUGUUACGGGAGUGCUUGUGGGAGUUUGAUUGCUUGUUGAUUUGUUGGAGUUUGUUGAUUGUGUGUGUGUAGUUUGUGGAAGUGUGUUGAUUGUGGAAGUUUGUGGGAGUUUGAUUGUGUGUUGUUUGUCAACCAUAUCCACCACCUUGACCCAGCUGCCUUCCCAAGCCGCCCCCCACUUAUUCGACAAAAAACCUCACCCACCCAACCACAUCUACGCACGACUGCCCCUGUCGUGCGGAGGGAAAAAACUGACGACUUGUAGAGGGAAACGUCGCAAAGUACGACUGUCGUGCGGCCCCUGGAGUAGAUCGUGGACAGCAAAUGGUGGGUGGGGACGGCUGGUGGUGGGGUGUGUUUUGUUGAGAAGAGGACAGGGGUUCGUGUGAUGGUGGCAGGGGAGAUGAUGAAGAAGGAGGUGUAAGGGCAGUUUGGUAAAAGAGCCCUUUGCCCCUGUGUCAGAACCCAUCCAUCACUAACGACGUCCAUUUAAGGGUGGGAAUGUGAAAUUUACGAAAUCAAGGGUACCAAGGGGUUUCGCUAAACUUUGGGUGGGAACAUCUAGUUUACUCUAUAUAUGAAGUCUCAUUACACAUACAAGCCAUACGUAUAGAAAUUAAAUUUGAUAUUCCACCAUGAUUGGACUAGUAAGUUAAACUAUCGAUCUCAUGAAAGUUAGGUUGCAGUCACAUCAAGUUGUGGACAGGUUUCUUCUUCAAUAAAGUAAAAAAAAUUUCACCAUGCAUGCAUUAAAUUUUGCAGUAUAAAUAUUCUUUGUAAUGGUCAUGAUGAAUGCAUAUUAUAGAAGCUAGCUAGAGGUUUUCCAUGGAUGAACAUUCAGCUCAAGAACAACUUCUUCUUGUUCUUCCAAGUGUUAAUCUCGAGAAGAAGUGUUUCUUUUUAUCUUCACUCAAAUGGAUUCUCACGAUAGUAACGUGGCUUAUUUUCAUUACUUGGGUCGUUCUUGCCUUUCUGUUCCCACUCAACUUGACGUAUGAAUUUAUUUUGAGUGCCACCUCUUUCUCCUCCGGAACUUUUCUUGGGCUUGAAGGACCUGUGUUCUUAUUAUUCAGCGGCCCCAUUCUUCUUAUUGCAUUUUUCUCGAUACCAUAUCUUAUCAUUUCUGGGAAGGAUCAGAAAGUCCAAGAGAAGAAGGCUCCAAGUUACCGGUUAUGCACAUUUCCUCUUCUUGUGGAUGGACCUCUUGGUGUUGUUUCUGCGGCUGAGUUUAUUGGAAUUCUCCUCUUUGCUGUAUACCUUGUUUGGUGUAUUUAUAUUUAUGCCAUUCAGAAUCUUAGCUCCGUUAAAGAUGAGUCCCCAUUCACAACAACCACACAAAAAAUUUGUUACAUUUUGGAUAUCUGGGGAUUUUCUUUGGCGCAGAUUGGGAUAAUCUUGUUGGCAUUUCUGUUUAUUCCAAUAGCGAGAGGGUCGAUUCUUCUUCGUCUCAUUGAUAUACCUUUUGGACAUGCUGCAAGAUAUCAUGUAUGGCUGGGACAUCUCACUAUGCUCUUCUUCACUCUCCAUGGACUCUGUUAUGUAAUUGAAUGGUCACUACAAGGAGAUCUUCUUAAAAAAAUGUUAGAGUGGCAGGAAAGUGAUACAGCCAAUCUUGCAGGUGUUAUUGGCCUCACAGCUGGUUUGUUGAUGUGGAUCACUUCACUUCCAUUCGUGAGGACAAAAUACUUCGAAGUCUUUUUUUACACACACCAACUCUACAUAAUAUUUGUCAUCUUCUUGGCUUUGCAUGUUGGUGUAAUCUUUUUCAGCAUAGUUGCUGGAACUAUAUUCCUCUAUAUGCUUGAUCGAUUUCUGAGAUUUUGCCAAUCUCGAAAGACUGUUGAUAUAGUUUCAGCCACAUGCUUUCCCGGUGGAAUUGUAGAACUGGUCCUUUCUAAACCUCAAAGUCUUCACUGCGACGCCCUUAGUUUUAUAUUCCUUCAAGUUCGAGAAGCAUCAUUGCUGCAAUGGCAUCCUUUCAGUGUUUCAUCUGUCAGUGGUACUGGUGAACAUCAGUUUUCUAUUUUGAUAAAGACUUUUGGUGAGUGGACACAAAAUAUAGAAGAAAAUAUCUCAAAUGUUUCUGCGGUAAUUGAAUUAUAUCAAGACGGAAUAAAUCUCCAAUCUCCUUUUAGGAUGAUAACAGCUUCUGUUGAGGGGCCUUAUGGACAUGAAUUACCACACCACUUAAUGUAUGAAAAGCUUGUGUUAGUAGCAGGUGGCAUUGGGAUUUCACCAUUUCUGGCUGUAUUGAGUGAUAUUUUUCAUCGAAAAAGGCAAGGGAAACCUUGUCUAGUGAAAAAUAUAUUAAUUGUCUGGGCAGUGAAAACAUCAAACCACCUAUCUCUUCUUUCCCUGAUCAACAGGAACUUCUCCAAUAUUGAAGUAAAUCUUGAUAUCCUAAUAUAUGUCACCCAGCAAUCUCAACCUCCAUUGGAUGAAGAGGAGGGUAGACUAGUUGAAUUCAAAGCCACAAACUCUUUUGUUAGCCCUGUCUACAAAGGAAAAACCAUGUCUGUUCUGGUUGGUACAGGAAAUAAUAAUAUAUGGUUUGGGAUAUAUCUAAUCUCAACUACACUUGGCUUCAUUGCUGUGGUGUAUUUGUUGAAUGUGUUUUACAUAAACCCUAAAGACUUAAGUUUGGGUUGGUACCAUGGCCUUCUCUUUGUAAUAUGUAUGGUUGUCAGUGUUUUAAUCUUUGGAGGACUUGUCGUUGGGAUAUGGCAUCUCUCAGAAAGGAAAAUGAAUGGUGAGGAUCAUCAUAUAAUAGAACAUAAUGAAAUAGAACAUCCUACAGCAGAUAAGGAUUGUUUAAGUCAAGAUCUAUAUACUUCAACAACAAUUCGGUAUGGUUCAAGACCAGAUCUCCAAGAAAUAUUUGAAUCCAUAAGUGAGCGAUGGGGCCAUGUUGAUGUGGGAGUUAUAGUAUGUGGUCCUCCAGCUCUUGAAUCAAGCGUUGCUAAGGAAUGUAGGUCAUUGAAUCUGAUGAGAACAAAACAUUAUCGUCCAAUUUUUCAUUUCCACAGCCAUAGUUUCAGUUUGUAAAUUAACAAACAAACUAAUGGUUAAUCAUGAUCAUGAUCAGCACCAGUUCAUAUUAUAUUGUAUCAACUGCUUCUGAUUUGAUUGAAAAAACUUAGGAUGCAAACGCAGCUGCAGUUACAACAACCAGUUGUUUAUCAU